AUGAGUGGUACACAAGUGGAAAACUAUUCGGGCGAUGCACCCACCGCAAGCUGGUCAAAGCGAGUAAAGCUCAAUGCUCGCAAAGCUAUCCAUAAGGCAACCAGUAAGGAUGGUCUCUUGGGGGACUACGACUAUGCGUUUUUGUUCACGCCCUCAUAUCCGUUCAGAGAGUGGUUGAACCGCAGACGAGGCAUUGAGCCCGUCCAGCGAGACCAGCCGUUUUUUUCGGUGUACUCUGAGAUGCCAAUCCUACUGGGACUAUUGCUGGGCUUGCAGCACGCUCUGGCAAUGCUGGCAGGUGUAAUCACCCCUCCCAUCAUCAUCUCUUCGGUUGCUAACUUUCCCACGAACAUCCAACAAUACUUGGUGUCUGCUUCGCUAAUCGUCUCCGCUAUCAUGUCCUGCAUCCAGAUCACCAGAAUCCACAUCCCCAAGACUCCAUACUAUAUCGGCUCGGGUCUGCUUUCCGUGGUGGGAACCUCUUUCGCGACAAUCACUAUUGUCGAUAAAGCGUUUCCAGUAAUGUACGCAUCUGGGUUUUGUCCCACUGGCGCGGACGGCGAGCCAGGCCCAUGCUACGAUGGCUACGGUGCUCUUUUGGGUACAGCAGCUUGUUGUGCUCUCCUAGAAAUGGCGAUGUCUUUCACCCCGCCCAAAAUUCUGCACAGGUUGUUUCCCAAAAUCGUCACGGGUCCAGUUGUCUUGUGUAUUGCCAUCAGUCUAAUUCAAAGUGGCUUCAACGACUGGGUCGGUGGCUCUGGUUGCGUAGGCGCUAUUUGUCCUUCAGAGGGCGCUCCGAUGGCAGGAGAAUGGGGAAGUGCCAGGUUUAUCGGUCUUGGCUUCUUGGUGUUUUCAACCAUCGUUUGCUGCGAAAAAUGGGGCUCACCUAUUAUGAGAUCUUGUGCUGUCAUUGUCGGGCUGAUUAUCGGUUGUAUAGUGGCUGCCGCAUGUGGAUACUUCGAUCGCUCUUCAAUUGACAGCGCUCCAGCAGCCACGUUUUUGUGGGUCCAUACCUUCCCACUCAAAGUAUAUGGGCCGAUUGUUCUUCCUAUGUUGGUGAUGUACAUUGUGCUGGCACAAGAAUGUAUCGGUGACGUGACUGCCACCUGCGAUGUUUCUCGUAUGGAAGUUGAAGGUGAAAUGUACGAAUCCAGAAUCCAAGGCGCUGUUUUGAGUGAUGGGCUCAGUGGUACGCUCUCGGCCUUAUUCACUCUACCUCCCAUGUCCACUUUUGCUCAGAACAACGGUGUCAUUUCUUUGACUAAGUGCGCCAACAGACAAGUUGGUUACUGGUGUUGUUUCUUUCUCCUCCUCAUGGGUAUUUUUGCUAAAUUCGGAGCUGCGUUAGUGGCCAUUCCUAAGCCAGUCUUGGGCGGAAUGACCACAUUUUUGUUCACAAGCGUUGCCGUGUCGGGUUUGAAAAUUAUAUCUACUAUUCCAUUUACGAGACGUGACAGAUUUGUGUUGACCGGCACACUAUUAUUUGGUUUGGGCGCUAUUCUGGUACCCAAUUGGUUCGAGACCUUUUUCCACUAUAAGGGGAACAACGACGCUCUGCAAGGGUUCUUGAACGCCAUUAUACUGAUCAUGGAGUCGGGAUUCGCCGUGGCAGGAAUAGUUGGCAUAAUUUUGAAUCUGAUCAUUCCACAACAGCUAGACGAGGAUCUAAUGGAUGAAAUAGAAGUACAGCAGGACAAUUUGGCAGCUCUUGAGGAUCCAGUUGAUGGCCAAGUGUUGAACGGCAAAGCUAAAGAGGCCUUUUCGAGAGAAAACGACAUGGCUAGAACUGAAAAUAGUUAUGAGAUGAAAGGCAGUAGGGUAAUUGUCAACGCAGGAGAAUCAUCCGUUUCGGACUAG